CUUCUCUUAAUAUUCAAUAGGGAAAACAACCAACAUAAGGUUAAAAGAAAACCAAGGAUUAGAUAUCUAAAGCUGCAUCACAAAGAAGUAAUUAAACAAAGAAGAAAUGGACCAAGGGAAGAGCAAAGGAUAAGUUGAACAAUGCCGUAUUUUUGGAUUCAACAUCCUACAAAUAAAUUGAGACCCAAUUACCUAAAAUGGGAGCAUUGAUCACAGUCUCAACAGUAUCAGAUAAAUUCAAAGUAAACGGUUCUUUAGCCAGAAGAUGCAUCAGACACUUCGCAAAAUCAGGUUUAUUGGUUCCAGCCGGUGAUUAAAACUCUAAAUAAUACAUCUUCACUGUUAAUGCCUAAGUCGUAGCUGCCCAAAAGGCUGCUGCCGCUGCUGCUGCUGCAGACAAACCAUAAGCCUAAAAGAAAGCUCCAGCUAAGAAAUGAGUUUAUAAUUUAAGUACAUUACAAAUAAUCAUUUAUGUAUUUAUAAAAAGAAA